AUGUUGAAUAGGAUGCCUCAGCUCAUUGACCGAUACUUGAAGACCAGUGGAAUGCGACUUCCUGAUCCUAAUGACGGCCGGGAGGAAUUGUACCAAGAGAUGGAAGUACUAAAAAGAGAGACAUGUAAGCUUGAGCUUCGUCUGCGUCCAUACCAUGGACAUGACUUAACCUCCCUUCCUCCACACGAGCUCGAUGGUCUCGAGCAACAGCUCGAACAUUCUGUCCUUAAAGUCCGCGAGCGUAAGAAUGAGUUGAUGCAGCAACAGUUGGAGAAUCUAAGCAGAAAGAGGCGGAUGCUAGAAGAAGAUAACAACAAUAUGUACCGUUUGCUUCAUGAGCAUCGUAACGCGGUUGAAUUUCAGCAAGCUGGGAUAGAGACGAAACCAGGGGAGUAUCAACAGUUUCUAGAGCAGCUUCAGUACUAUAAUGAUCAUCAGCAACAACCAAACAGUGUUCUUCAGCUUGCUACGCUUCCUUCUGAGAUUGAUCCUAAUUACCAUCUCCAGCUUGCUCAGCCUAAUCUUCAAAACGAUCCAACGGCCAAGAUUGAUUAGUCCUCAAAAGUGAAUCAUUUAUGUCUUUUAUUACUACCUAUUUUGAUUAUAGCCAAUGCCUUCUUCUGUGUCUGUUUUGUGUGGUUAUGGAAACCUAAUAUUGUUUGAAGUACAAUUCACUUGAAAAGCGUUUAUGGUCUUUCUUUGAUUAAAUAAUUUAAUCUUCAUUAUCACACAUUUGCCAACUAGAGAUCAACUGUUUAUGUAAUCGCAGAUUUUGA